CUCAUAUGAAGUAUGGCAGGAAUUUAUAUAUAUUGAAAUAUCAAUUGAGAGAAAAAAGUUUGACUAGAAAUACCAGUUCAGAGCCGCCUCCUUAAUUCCAAUUUCCAACCAAUAAAACACGCUUAAAUAAAUCACCUUAGUAUCAUCCAGUUUCCAGGCAGAUAGAUAGAGAAAAAGAGAAAGAGAAAAACAAAGAAAGAAGGGAAAGGAAAAUCAUGUUGACGAACUUGAUUAACAAUGAUGGAGUGAAAGGUGACAUAGAAGGAGGAAACCUGCUCUAUCCAGGCAUCGGAAAUGUCGAAAAUGAGCUGCGUUGGGGUUUCAUUCGCAAAGUUUACUAUAUCCUCGCCGCUCAGAUCCUCUUAACCACCGUUGUCUCCGCCGUCACCGCCCUUUACACUCCCAUUAACCAACUCCUCAGUGGCAAUAUCGUCCUCCUCAUUCUCCUCAUUUUCCUACCUCUCAUAUUGUUGUGGCCCUUGUAUAUCUUUCAACAAAAGCAUCCAUUGAAUUUUGUUUUCCUUGGUCUCUUUACUGUUUCCUUGAGUUUUGGUGUUGGUGUAACCUGUGCUAAUACAGAUGGAAGAAUUGUUCUUGAAGCCUUGAUCUUGACAUCAGCUGUAGUUUUAUCUCUUACUGGUUACACAUUUUGGGCUUCCAGAAAUGGCCAGGACUUCAGCUUUUUGGGUCCAUUUCUCUUUGCUAGCCUCUCUGUACUUUUCUUGGUUGGAUUUAUACAGAUAUUCUUCCCUCUUGGAUCUACAGCUAGUGCUAUUUACAGUGGAAUCAGCGCUAUAGUUUUCUGCGCGUAUAUUGUGUAUGACACAGACAACUUGAUUAAGAGGUUCACGUAUGAUGAGUACAUCUGGGCAUCUGUCAAUCUUUACUUGGACAUUCUGAACCUCUUUUUAGACAUUUUGCAGUUGCUAAGGCAGUGAAACAACUAGGUGUGCAAUAUAAUAAAUGUGCAUAUUUGAAAUUCUUUUAUGAAUAUAGCUUUGAUUUUCAUGAAUAUGAAUGGAAGUUGGCUAUGUAGAUAGAUAUUGCACAUCUCUCUACUUACAUACUCUGUAAAUUGUACUCACAAAUUCGUGCUUUGAUCUUUUCAAGUAUAGUAAGGUGGAAUUUCCAGCAUAAAGUUUCAUUGA